AUGAAGUGGUGUCAGAUUACUGUAUUUGUAAGAGAAUUCUCUUUACGCAUUAGCAGAGAGAUCAGAGAAGGGAGUUUUCAAAUUGCAACCACCAUAAUUUUCUGUUUAUCCAUGGCAUUCUUUGUGUUUCUUCUUGGAAUAUUCAUGAAUCAUCGUGUUAAGAAUUACAUGGCCUCGGAAGAACUAUAUUUCCCUCAACUCAACACAUUAUCUUCCUCAUCCAAUUUCCCGCGCAACUCUUCAUCAUCUUCCUCUCUUUCCAUGCCACCAUUCAAUUCUUCGACUACAAACAAUGAGUUCAGAGAUUGGAUAUCUCCUAAAGAUCUUUGGCACUCAAUGACCGAUGAAGAGCUAAUGUGGCGAGCCUCCAUGUCGCCCCAUACACCGGAGUACCCAUACAACCGGACUCCAAAGGUGGCUUUCAUGUUCUUAACCAGAGGCACAUUGCCACUGGCACCACUUUGGGAGAAGUUUUUCAAGGGACAUGAAGGGUUGUUCUCAAUAUACCUCCAUACUUCACCCCAAUUCACUACCAAGCCCUCAGAAUCAUCAGUGUUCUAUAAGAGAAGAAUACCAAGCAAGGCAGUGCAAUGGGGAAGGAUGACAAUGAUAGAUGCGGAGAGGCGCUUACUAGCCAAUGCCCUCCUAGACUUCUCUAACGAGAGAUUCGUUUUACUCUCAGAGACUUGCAUUCCUUUAUUCAACUUUAUUACAAUCUACAACUACCUCAUAAACUCCAACCACAGCUUCCUUAGCUCCUUUGAUGAUCCACGACGAAUAGGCCGUGGCCGGUACAACAAGCAAAUGUGGCCAACCAUUUCAUUGUCAGAUUGGCGUAAAGGGUCCCAGUGGUUCGAAGUUCACCGGAAACUUGCCAUUGAGAUUGUAUCCGAUAUCACAUACUAUCCCGUCUUUCGGGACCAUUGCAGCCCUCCUUGUUAUAUGGAUGAGCACUACUUGCCAACCCUAGUGACCAAGGUGUGUCCAGAAUUGACCUCAAAUAGGACCAUCACUUGGGUUGAUUGGUCUGGAGGUGGUUCACACCCUACAAUGUUUGUGAGAAAGGACGUCUCGGAGGAGUUCUUAAAUAGACCGAGACAUGGAUUUAACUGCACUUAUAAUGGCGGGACGAACUCCAUUUGCUUUCUUUUUGCUAGGAAGUUUCAUCCAAGCACCCUACAACCUUUGCUAAGGAUAGCCCCGGCUCUGCUUGAGUUUAAUUAA